AUGACAAAACCAACAGAAUUGAAUUUAUUAGAAAACAUACGACAUUUCACACCUAGAAAUUAUCAUAAUUCAAAUUUAUCAGUAUGGCAUAAAUUACCAGUAGCUCGACGUUCAGCUGUUUUUAUAUUAUUAUUUAUGGGGAAUUUAGGAGAAUUACGAGUAAUUUUAACUAAAAGAUCAUCAAAAUUAAGAAACUUCCCUGGUCAUGUUGCAUUACCUGGUGGUAAAGCAGAUAAUGGAUUAGAACUGGAAUGGGAAGUUUCAAGAAGAGAAAUGCAUGAAGAAAUUGGAUUAAGUUCAAAUAAUGAAGAAUUAAAAAAAUUGGGUAUUUCAAUUGAACAUUUAACUAUGUUACCAAGUUAUUUAUCAAGAACUUUUUCAUGUGUUAAACCUUGUGUUGGUAUAAUGCAUAGUUUAUAUGAUGAAAAUGAUAUUGCUACAAAAUUAAAUAUUGUUUUAAAUCCUGGUGAAAGUUCAAGUAUCUUUUCAUGUCCUUUAAAAGAUUUUUUAUAUCCUGCUGUUGAUCUUCAUGCAUUAGAAGCAUUAGAAAGAGUUUCUUAUAAAGUUAAAUGGGGUGGAAUACCAUGGAAUUUAAGAUCUUAUACUUUUUUACAAAAUAAUCCAAAUGAAGCUGAAUGGUUAAAAGAUAUUAAAGAUUUACUGGCUUCUGAAGAAGAAUCAGAAUUAGAUUUAAAAUUAGGUCAUGAACUAGAUUCAAAAGAUAAACAAAUGGUUACUCCUCCAAAUGCAACUCCUAGAAGAUCUCAAAGUCCAGCAAGACGUAAGAAAAAUUUAAAUGCAUGGGGAAGAUUAGGUUCAAGAGUUGAUGAUGAUACAAAUGAAAAAAUUUAUGAUGUUUGGGGAUUAACUGCUAAUAUUUUACAUGAUUUAGCUGAAUUAGUAUAUAUUGGUAAAGGAAAUUCAUCUGAACAUCAUAUUGGAGAAGAAGAAAUGAUUUAUUCUUUAUAUGAAUAUGGAAAUCAAAUGAAAAAUAAAGAAAGAAGUCCAGAAGAAGUUAAGUUGAUUCAUGCAACUCAUGACGAUAAUAAAAUUGGUUUUAAUGAUCUAUUACCUGAAAAUGAAUUCAAUAGAUUGGUUAAUAUAUACAAGUUGUAG